GCAAAGUCAUCCCGUGGCAAAGCUCUCCAGCAAGCAAACCGACGCUGCAUGCGCUGAAGCGAUCAUUCGAGCAUAUAGCACGCAUAAGUGGCAAACUCUCAAAGGUCGCCAUCGGCAUGCAAGACAAGAGCAUAUACACGGCAAAUGUGCCGCAAAACACUGACUAGCGCUUCUGAUGUGCAAAGCUUUCGAAACCGCCUGCUGCUGUUCCCCAUGCAAGCCGGCCGUCCUUUGAUCAGAACCUCAUUCUUCGACCCGCGCAGCAUUUUACGCGGAAGAGCAUGGAUUUCCCAAAGCCAGCUAUGCUACGCAAACGGGCGAAGAACUGCGCAGAUGCCAAAGAAUGCAAGCUCCGCUUUUCAGCAAACUUCGCAAUGAGCGGCAGCAACCCUAAUAUGUGAGCUCAACUCGUUACAACGGGCUAUGAUGCAAGCACAAGAAUAGCAGCGACAAUGGAAUACAAGAG